GAGAAAUGUUGCUAGGUGCAGUUUUAGGGAAACAAAUAUGUUUGCAUGACAAGACAUCUCGCAGAGCAUAAUUGUUCUGCAGGUUUUCUUGCAAACAUCAGUAUUGCUAUGAAGAAAUCCGUUUAAAACUAUACACAGUAUGGCGGAAUCUAUUCUAAAAUCUCUUAAAGAUCUGCAGAGUUACAACAAUGACGAAACCAGAGACCUUCUCAAAAAUCUUUGCAUGUUGUAUUUCCAAAACAAAGAUGACGGGAGUCGCCGUGAGCUGGCAGACCUGCUGGUCAGGGAAGGAGGGGCAGAAUUGCUUGUUAAAAUAUUCAUUACACUUUCCGACAUCGGCUUCUUCACUUCUAAUUCUGUGUGGUUUCCUGCUUACUAUACAUUUAACUCAAUAUGGAACUACAGUGACGCAAGUCUGCUGUUUGGAGAGGAGCUAGGUAAACUAGGACUUAUUAAAUACUUGGUGGCAGUCCUUGAUCAUGAGCCCUACAAGAGUAAACAAGAAGAAAAGAAUGUGAAGUAUCUUCUGAAGGCUUCCCUCUGUACUCUACACAAUCUUGCCAAGGUUCCUGAGAAUAGGCCUCUUCUCCGACAGGACAGAGGGGUUGGGAAAAUCGCCUAUUACACUAGAGUGGAGGACGGACUGCUCAAAGUGGUGUCUAUCAUGCUACUGGGUUACAUCAUUGAUGAGGAUGAAUCAGAUGUGCUCAUGGAUGAAUCAGGUGCUGUGGAAAUCAUGGUAAAAAUACUCCAGGGGGCUUUAGAUUCCAAAGACCAACGGUGUUGUGGAUACAGAGCUUCUGAAAUUGCGGAAGGUUUGUCCCUCAUUGCAACUUGUGAGAAGAAUAAGGAAAAGAUAUUCAGAUCUGGAGCUCUUCCAGUGUUAAUGGAGAUGAUGGAAAGCAAAAACAGUCACGACAAGUUAUUUGCAGCCAAAGUUGUUUGGCAGCUUGCCUUUGAUGCAUCAAUACGAGAUGAAAUGAGAGAAAGUGAAUGAGAGUCUUAUGAACCUGCUGGAGAGCCUCUCUAAAGA